UUCUCUACAGUCUUGAACAGACCAGAGAUCGAGUAUAAUCAAAGGCUACCUUAUACAUUCGUACUUCGUAGUCCAUCGACAAAGUCUAGGCCAGUUUCAAAAUGGCUGGUUCGGCACGUUAUGGAGAUUAUAGGGGCUAUGGUGGUGGUCAACAAAAACCAAAGAGGAUGCCCACAGAGCCUCCAUUCACAGCUUACAUUGGUAAUCUACCAAAAAAGAUUGUCCAAGGUGAUAUCACCAGGAUUUUAGAGAAUCCUGAAUUAGGCCCUGGUCGCAUCAAUGUGAAAGGUGUAAGGCUUGUUAAGGACAGAGAAACCGAUGUGUUUAAAGGAUUUUGCUAUGUAGAAUUUGAAGAUGUGGAGAGCUUGAAAAAUGCACUAGAAUUGAAUGACACGAUUGAUCUUGAUGGGUAUUUAGUAAGAAUUGAUAUUGCUGAUGAUAAACGUGAUCGUGGUGGAUUUGAUCGUGGAAGAGGGAGAGGUGGAUUUGGUGGACGUGGUGGUAGAGGUGGAGGGGACAGAGUCACUGAAAGAUCUUAUGAUGACUUCAGUGGAGGUGGUGGGUUUGGUGGAAGUGGCGAUAGAGGACAUAGAGGAGGUAACAGAAUGGGAGGAGGUGGAUUUACAGAUAGAGGAAAUCGAGGCAGUUAUGGCGGUUUUGAUGAAAGAGGAGAUGAUAAAGACUGGAAUCGUGGUGGAGGUCGUGGAACCGGAGGAAACUACAGCCGUGGAAGACCAGAUGGCAAUAGAGAGCGAAGAUCCUACAAUGAUGAGUUCAGAGAUCAUCCUCCUGCUCCACCCCCAGCUGACACAAGUAAUCGACCACGGUUGCAGUUAAAGCCACGCACAGUCAAGGACCCACUGAAUCAGCUGGCAGAGACAACUCAAGCGUCUGCUAUUUUUGGAGGUGCCAGGCCACGUGAGGAAAAAAAUCCCUCCGACUAAAGAUUAAUUUGUUUGAAAGAAAGGAAAUUCAGGUCGCACUGAGGACGGUUACGUUAUUGGUGCCAAAAGAAGACCAAGCAUAAAGCAAGAAGUAAUUUCUUAAUUGUGAUAUAUAUAAUGUGGUGAUGAUAUGAUAUGCCUAUAUAAUCCAGGAUCCAGCUAGGGUUAACCAGGAAAGUUGGAUUAUGAAGAAUUUCUCUUCAUAAAUACUUAGUGUGUUCCAAUCAGGUGUUACUAUGACACUUUUUAAGCUCUCCAGCAUACACAGAAAUCAGAGUGGCCACCCAACCGGGAAAACUGGGUAACCAGGAACCACAGCCUUUCAUGCAUUUAUUUACUUCAUAGUAGUGUUGUCGAGAUGUGGUGAUUCUAUUGCAUUAUUGUAAAGGCUAACACAAAAUAUUUAGGAGCCAGUAAUUGAUAACAUUAUCUGUACUUGUAUUCUGGGUGCAACUGUAGAAGGUACUGUUCUGUACCGGUGUCUAUGUACUUAUUCUACAGAUCGUGAAUGAACCACACUUUUGUAACUUCCGUAGCAGAUGAUGCAUUCUUCAUGUAUUGGCCGUCAGUGGAAUAUAUAUUGCUAGCAACGAUACUUUCGUACGACUCUAACCAGAGCUAGAUGAGAAUCUGGAAAAGCGUGCAUCAUGCAUGAAUUUCGGACUCCGGGAAACAUGUGUGAAUAUGCAUGAGCUUUUACAAUGUCCCUGGAAUUUUUACUAGGGAUGGAUCGUUUCCGAUACUCUAUACCGCGGCUCUUUUCAAUCGAUUCAGAAAUGGAAAGCUGAAUUUCGAAAUUCACAAAUAAUUCUAUUUGUGGACAACUACUGAUCGGCAGUAUGCAAAUCACUGAUUGCUAAAAUGUUUUUGUGCUUUCCAUAUGAAAAAUGUAGAUUGUAUAACCAAAUUAAAUAACUACAGUAGUUUAAUAAGUGAUAUUUUAGCUAUAAUUAGUAUUUUUAUAUUUAUUUUGACGCAUUGUCAAGAGUCUGCCCAGUCUAUUCGUGGACAAAAACGAUCGGCAGUAUGUAAAUUACUGAUUGGUGAGACGUGUUUUUGUAGUUCUUUUGGUAUAAAAUCUGUUUAGAAACAUAUAGUGACAAAAUAUUGUGACUUAUAACAAAUAUUUAAAUUGAUGUUUGUAUUUCUGUGCCUAUAUUUUUAAGGCCAUUGUGUCUGUUGGUUCUAUGCACAAUACGUUAGCUGCUCAGUGAAAAACAGACGAUCGCUAAUUUUUAUUUUAUCUAUACGUCGUACUUUGUGGUUGUACAUAAAUAGAUUCUCUAUAAAUGUAAAUAUAUCCAUACAUUUUUACAUACAUGGGAUAUAUUCUGGGAUAUAUAUUUUAUAAUCUGAUAUUUCUAUUGUUUAAAAGGAGAAGUUAGAGGUUAUGACCUGUAAUUUUAAGUAUAUUCAUUUCCCUGAAUCUCUGUAAAUUACUUUAAAGUAGUGUGGUAUUCUUAGGCUUGCUCUCCCCUCCCCCAAAGGAUAAAUUGAUUAAAUAGAGUUCAGAUAAAAGUAUUUGAUGAAGUAUAAGAUGGACCGACCUUGUGUAUCUGUGAAAUUGUUGCCAAAUACCGAAAGUCCGUCCACCACAAACCUUUGACCCACAAUGCUGGACUGCAGUCUGUGUCACGAUAGCGCUGUUGGUAUUUAUUUCUUAUCUUUGUUUUUCCCUAUUGGAUACAUGUAUUUUCUAAACAUUACAGAAAGGAAAGUUAUUGGGUAUACAUAAUGUUUUGUCAGCACAUCGCAAGACAGAGAUAAAAACUAAGGAGCAUAAAAUAGGUGAUAGUGAUAAAUUGUCACUGAAUUUCUCGCAUUUCACUAGUGAUGAAAUUUGGUAGAGCACCGCAUUUCUUGCAAUUACAACUGGUUACGAUAAACCGUCACCGUUGCACUCGGGGUAAGGAUUAAAUACAGUAUUACAGUUGUUUAUUUGGCUUAAAAAUAAACUAGAUAAUUGGAAAUUUUAAUUUGAUAAGAGGUUUUAAGUGACCACUCUGGAAAUUCUUCCUAUACCAACAUUCCUGCAGAACCUCAGCUAGGUACAGGAUUAAUAGUCAUCCUGUGGGGUUCCCAUCAUCUGUUUUAUUUCCCUAUGUUUUUAGUAGCCAGAAUUGUAGAUAUUUAUUCCUUUACUUAAGAAUACAUAGAUGAUUUUUUACAACUGCUUAUUACAUGUCAGUAGUGUGUGGAAAUUGUUUACAAGUUUCCUAGAUUUAUUAUUAACUGAAAUGUAUGGCAGUUACUAAUCUCUUAUAUUAUUACAUUAAAUAAUUUCUGACUAAUGGCAAGAAAAUGAAUUGGUCAACGGAAGAGGUGUAUUAAGUAGUUAUUGAUGAGAACUAUUUGUAACUAAAUUUUUAUGGACCUUACUUUGUGUUAACAUAAUCUUAUGUUGUUGUAGAUUGCUAUUAAAAUAUACCUCCAAGAAAGUUUUAUUUGUAUUCUUUAGUCAUGUAUUUUUCUUACUAUUUAAGGCUGUUUUACAUUAUGUGUUUUUACAUGUUGACAGUUUUAGUGCAUAAUAUUACCUUAUUAUGAAGUUCUCAUUCUCUUUUAGAUAUCUAAAAGUUUAUUUAGAAUAAUUUUGUUUUGAACAUGUGUAAUAGAACUGUUUAUGAAUUCUUUGAUGUUGAAGUUAUUAACAUUCAGGGGUGUCUGUAAACUAUUGGCCAUUUAUAACUACACAUUUGGGCUAUUUCCAUUUUGAACUACAGAAGAAAGUUUCUGAGUUACUACAUACAAUAAUACUGCUCACAAAUAUUUUUAAAGUACCAUAUGGAAAUGUUUAUUGUAAAUGAAAAAAUGAACAUUUGGUCUUCUAGCAUAAAUUUAAAGUACCUUAUUAGAGGUGUGCCAGGCCGUUCCGGAAAGUUCCAGGUUCUGAACUAGUUCUGCGAGAUAGUUCCAGUUCCUUGUGUUCCGUUCCAACAGUGCUUGUCUACUUAUUUAAGUUUCUAGUCGAUUUCGUUCCGGUACAAUAUACUUACUUACUUACUCUUACUCCCAGGGCCAUUUAUAUCGGAGGUGAUAUUUAGCCGCACCAACAAAGCUCCUCCAUCUUGAACGGUCCUCUACAUCUUCCUGUGAAGCGCCCACCUACAGCCGGUACAAUAUAAUACUACGUAAUAUAUUUAUGUUAUAGACUAGUACAUGUUGAUGUUUUUUGGUCAAGUUUUAAUUUUUUUUUUUUUCAAAAAACAUAUUUUAAUUUUAAAACAAGACUUUCUGUUUAGAAAUACUUAUGCAUGAGCAUUUGUGUAAAAAGAGGAAGAACGCAGCUUUAAAAAAUGUAAGUCACAUAGGUCUCUUAUAUUUGGAUAAAGAAUUAUAUUUAUUAAAAAAAAAAACAUUAAAACGGGCGGCGGUAAGAAAGUUGUCAAAAAUAGGAUACAGCAUUGAAAGUGUUAAAUACAGGUUGCCAGAUGAAAAUAUUGUGGUUGCCUGGAAUCCACGGAGUGGAACUGGAACAUUUACCAGCCUAGUUGUUCUGCCGGAACACCCGGAAUCAUUUUGGCACGGCUAGUAAACCGUUAUGACAAAGCUUAACAGAGCGGGAACACCCAGAACUUAUAGGCAUGUAACCUGUUGCAGCAGAAAAUGUUCAAGGUCCAUUCCGGUUCUGAUGGAACUGUUCCAGUUCUUUUGGCACAUCUCUAUACCUUAUAUUUUCUUGCAUACACUUCAAAUCUUGUAGUUCUUUGUUCAUAAAACUUUUCAUUGGCAUACUUAUUGAUAAUCAGCGUUUUUACAGUUUUAAUAGUCUCUUUAGCAUUAUUGCUGCUGGAUGUAAAUUCAUAGUUCAUUGAAAGUAACUUUUUUAGCAAAUUUCAUAUUUUAAAGUCUUUUAGCUCAAGAACUAAAUUGUAUAGAUAUGAUUUUUUUGAACUCUAAAUGUUAGUGAUGUAACUUUAGUUAUUAAAAUAUUAAAAAAUUAUCAAUUGAUACAUUUAUUUUCACUACAGCUACAUUCAAAACCUAUAUACUAAAUGGUAAUUAUGUAUUAUUAUAUCCGUAUGUAUGACAAUUAACAUAUGUAAGUUACCAUACUAUUAUCUAACUUGUAUAAAAAGGUUAAAAGUUUUCAAAACAUUUUGUUCUAUUUUUUAAAGCCACUCUUUUAACAGUGAGCAUCAUUUUUACACAUACAAAUAUAUCAACUAAGCACCUUGUGCCUUGCUGAGCCUUUUCGUUUAUGAUUCUCCUUUAAUUGAAUAGUUAUUACUCUGUUGUAAUAUUUCAUUAGUUUUUAUGAAUACAUUAUAUAUAAGUGGUACAGUAAAAAUUGUAACAAAAAUUGAGCCAGGAUUUAGUCACAUGUUCAGCUAAAAUUUACAGAUACCCUACAUCAUUCUGUACUUAAUAUGUUUGUAAUCUGGUAGUGAUGGCGAGUUCAAUAGAUUGUUAGAUAAAUACCAGCUGUAUGGAUUUUAAAAAUUUGUUACAAAAUUACAGCCAGUACUUUUCAACUAAUAUUUAGAAAGAAGAUCAAGAGUAAAGUAAAUAGGGAUGUGUGAGUUCACUUUUUGCCAAAUCUGGAUUUUAAUCUAUUCAGUUGCUUAUUAAUUGUAAGUUGUGAAACAUUCAGAUAACAAAUUAAAAUAUUAUAUAUAUAUAUUGUUUCAAGAUAAAAACGAAACCAUUUUUACAUUCUGGUUUAAUAUUUAAACUAGCAGGUUAGCGAUAUGGACCUCAGAUGAUAAAUGAUUACCAAAGAGCUACAUAAAAUUAUCAUAAGAUAAGUCCUAUAGAUGAAAAGGUUUUAGCGACACUGAUAAGCAUUUGAAAUUAUAGAGAAAAACUACUUUUUGCUCAAUUUCACUUAACUCACACAUCUCUAGGCUAAAAGGUAUUUCAUUCCAUACAAGACAUACAGCUAAAACAUUGAUAUUUUAAAGAUAAUUCUAUAUCCGAAUAUUUCAAGAACUGCAUCCAUCAUUACUUACUUACUGGAAUUAUAUUUGUCCAUAUUCAUGUUGUUACACAACACAUGAGUAUAUCUAAUUAUACUGAAAUAUUGUAAAAUAUAUGGAAUUGCUAUUGCUAUGUUUUUGUCUGGUAAAUUUCAGCCAAUAAAUAUAAAUACAAGAUUAUUACAUUUGUGGAAAUACUACUGCUAUGUUUUAGUCUGGUAAAUUUUAAAACCAUUUUAUUUCAAUAAAUUAAUUAUUUUGUUACUGG